AUGGUGGAGCCGGUGGGAUUCAUUGAGGCAUGGAAGGCGCAGUUCCCAGAGUCUGAGCCCCCCAAGAUGGAGUUGCGGUCAGUCGGUGGAAUCGAGCAGGAGCUGGAGAAGUGCAAGGCGUCCAUCAGGCGCCUGGAGCAGGAGGUGAACAAGGAGCGCUUCCGCAUGAUCUACCUGCAGACUCUCCUGGCCAAAGAGAGGAAGAGCUACGACAAGCAGCGGUGGGGCUUCAGGAAGACGCCGCUGAACGAGGGGAUGGACCCUGCCACACAGGGCGCAGAGUCCCAGUCCCAGCAGCCACACAUGCAGGAGACUGGUGGGGUCGGAGUAGUAGUAGGUGGUGGAGGGUAUAGUGCUGGGAGUAUGGAUAGGGCCCGUUUCCAGCCUCUUGGAGAUGGAGCUGGUAGGUCCAAACCCAGACCUCCACCAGCCAGGAAGUCAGCCUCCCACGGAGACGGCCUGGAGUCAGCCUUCGAUGUACCCCAGCAAGUUGAGUCGACGUCCUGCGACAACCUGGAUGGCCUUUCCCCAUCCAAGCAGAGAAGCGGCAUCACCGUCUCUCCCCGCAGGCCCACCCUUCCACCCCCAGAAAAGGAGCUGCCCUCUGACCCCAAGGACAAGCUCGGGAUGGGACUUGGCGUGGCAGCUCUUAGAUCAAACUUUGAGAGGAUCAAACGGGCCAAUUCUCACUCUGCGGGUGAUGUAGCUAAGGGCCAGGAGAAGCAGCUGCCCCCGCCACCACCGCCAUUUUACACCAAUAUGGAAUUCCACCACGAGAGGGGUCUGGUCAGGGUCAAUGACCGUGACGUCUCUGACAAGAUCAGCACCCUGGGCAGCCAGGCCAUGCAGAUGGAGCGAAAGAGAUCUCUUCACUCCCUCCCAGGUAACCUGGCAACAGUGGCUGGGGAGCUCCGCGCCAGGCCAGUCUAUAGAGGACGUUCCACUGAGAGCACCUGUGGCUAUGACGCAGAAUAUGAAGAUGGAGAGCCCAACCAGAGACAUUCAGGGAGGGCCAACGGGGGCAAACCUCCACCCCCGCCUUGGCAACCCUCUGAUUUCCAGGCUUAUUCCAGCGUCUAUGUUGGUGGGGUGAUGAUGGGUGAAGGUGGUGGUGGAGAUGGUAGAGGUGGUGGUGGAGGUGGUAGUGGAGUCACUAUGAGAGACCAUGGGGGAGGUGACGACCACCUCCUGACCUGGCCACGUCGCUCAUAUUCCCCAGGUAGCUUUGAGGAUGUCGGUGGAGGCGGCGGCUACACGCCGGACUGUAGCUCCAACGAGAACCUGACGUCCAGCGAGGAGGACUUCUCCUCAGGCCAGUCCAGCCACGUCUCACCCAGCCCCACCACGGCCUUCCGCCGGCCCUUCAGAGAGAAGAGCCGCUCGCCUUCCCAGAACUCCCAGAACUCCCAGCACUCCCUUGACAGCAGCAGCCCUCCGACGCCGCAGUCCCAGAAGCGUCACCACCGGCAACAGGGAGGCCAUGUGGUCAUGUCUGAGGCCACUAUUGUGAGCGUUCGCAAGACCGGUCAAAUCUGGCCACCUGCUGCUCAUCAUGACCUCUUGCCCCAUGGUAGAACAUCCCAUGACAACAGUUUCCAUGGAGACCACCUAGAUGGUCAUUUCACGGGGACCCCUCCUUCAUACGGUUACGAUGCCGACCGUGCAGAAGAGCAGCGGAGGCACCACGACAUCCUGCCGUACAUCGAUGACUCGCCGUCGUCUUCACCGCACCUCAGCUCCAAGAGCCGCAGCAGUCGGGACACCCUCUCCUCGGGAUCGUUGGAGUCCUCCAAGUCGACUGAAUGUGACCUGGAAAAAGGUUUGGAGAUGAGGAAGUGGGUCCUGUCUGGGAUCUUGGCCACUGAAGAAACAUACCUCAGUCAUCUGGAGGCACUGCUGCUGCCCAUGAAGCCUCUAAAGGCUGCAGCUACAACGUCGCAGCCCGUCCUCACUGUGGCCCAGAUAGAAACCAUCUUCUUCAAAGUGCCUGAGCUCUAUGAGAUCCACAAGGAGUUCUACGACGGACUUUUGCCCCGCGUUCAGCAGUGGAGCCACCACCAGAGAGUCGGGGACCUCUUUCAGAAACUGGCCAGCCAGCUGGGAGUUUACCGAGCAUUUGUGGACAACUACGAGCUGGCUGUGGAGACGGCGGAGAAGUGCUGCCAGGCCAACACACAGUUUGCUGAAAUCUCUGAGAACCUGAAGGUGAGGAGCCCCAGGGACUGUAAGGACCAGACGGCCAAGAACUCGCUAGAGGCUUUACUCUAUAAACCAGUGGACAGAGUGACGCGCAGCACAUUGGUACUUCAUGACUUGCUCAAACACACGCCCACCAGCCACCCGGACCACCCUCUUCUGCAGGAUGCCUUGCGGAUCUCCCAGAACUUUUUGUCCAGCAUCAAUGAGGAGACAACGCCCCGACGCCAGUCUAUGACGGUCAAGAAGGGAGAGAACCGGCAGCUGCUGAAGGACAGUUUCAUGGUGGAGUUGGUGGAGGGAGCCAGGAAGCUGCGACAUGUCUUCCUCUUCACAGAUCUGCUGCUCUGCGCCAAACUGAAAAAGCAGAUUGGAGGAAAAAACCAGCAGUACGACAGUAAGUGGUACAUCCCCCUGACUGAACUGACCUUCCAGGGCCCCGAGGAGACCGAACCACUUACCAUCCCCCAGGUCCCCGAUGAAGAGCUCGACGCCAUGAAGGUCAAAAUCUCACACCUCCGCAGUGAGAUUCAGAGAGAGAAGAGAGCCAACAAGGGUUCAAAAGUCAUCGACCGUCUCAGGAAGAAGCUGUCCGAACAGGAGUCUCUCCUCCUGUUAACAUCUCCGAGUAUGCCCCUCCGAGUCUACAACAAGAACGGCAAGAGUUACGGUUUCCUGAUUUCUUCUGACUAUGAACGUGCAGAGUGGAAGGAGAUCAUCAAAGAACAGCAGAAGAAAUGCUUUAAAACAUCCUCCUUGACUUCCAUGGAGUUGCAAAUGUUAACCAGCUCCUGUGUCAAACUGCAGACCGUCCACCACAUUCCACUCAGCAUCAAUAAAGAAGAGGAUGAAUCCCCCGGUCUCUGUGGGUUCUUGAAUGUAAUCGUCCACUCCGCCUCCGGCCUCAAACAGAGCUUGAAUCUCUACUGCACAUUGGAGGUGGAUUCUUUUGGCUUCUUUUCAAAUAAAGCCAAGACGAGAGUGUAUCGAUACACCACUGAACCCAAGUGGAAUGAGGAGUUUGAGAUUGAGCUGGAGGGCUCUCAGACCCUGAGGCUGCUCUGUUACGAGAAGUGUUACAACAAGACCAAGCAGAACAAAGAGGAUGGAGAGAGCACAGACCGCAUCAUGGGGAAAGGACAGAUCCCGCUUGACCCGCAGACUCUCCAAGGCAAAGACUGGCAGAGAACAGUCAUUCCCAUGAACGGGAUUGAGGUUAAACUCUCCAUGAAGUUCACCAGCCGAGAGUUCAGCCUGAAGAGGAUGCCCUCGCGGAAACCUAUGGGUGUGUUUGGAGUCAAGAUCUCCACAGUGACCAAGCGAGAGCGCUCCAAGGUUCCCUACAUUGUCCGGCAGUGCCUAGAGGAGAUUGAAAGGAGGGGUAUGGAGGAGGUGGGCAUCUACCGAGUGUCAGGGGUGGCCACUGAUAUUCAGGCCCUGAAGACGGCCUUUGAUACCAAUAAUAAAGAUGUGUCAGUGAUGAUGAGUGAGAUGGACGUCAAUGCCAUCGCCGGGACCUUGAAGCUGUACUUCAGAGAGCUGCCAGAACCUCUUUUCACUGAUGAGCUCUAUCCCAACUUUGCAGGCGGCAUCACUCUGUCUGAUAGUGUGGCCAAAGAGAGCUGCAUGUUGAACUUACUGCUGUCGCUGCCAGAACCCAACCUGGUCACAUUCCUUUUCCUUUUGGAUCACCUGAAGAGGGUGGCAGAGAAGGAAAGUGUCAACAAGAUGUCUCUCCACAACCUGGCAACGGUGUUCGGGCCGACUUUGCUCAGGCCCGCCGAGAAGGACAGCAAGAUCCCCACUAACCCCACGCAACCCAUCAGCAUGGGGGACAGCUGGUCCCUGGAAGUUAUGGCACAGGUCCAGGUGCUGCUGUAUUUCCUCCAGCUGGAGACCAUCCCCACCCCGGACAGUAAACGACAGAGCAUCCUCUUCUCCACUGAAGUAUAG